CUACACUUCGCCGCCAUGACCGACUCGCUCGCCGUCGCUGCUCCCGCCGACUUCCACGUUCAUUUACGCCAGGGAGCUUUCGCUGCAUUCCUCGCACCCUAUGUGCGCAAAGGAGGAUUCAGGCUUGCCUAUGUCAUGCCUAACCUCCGGCCGCCCAUCUCUAACACUGAGGAGGCUCUUCUCUACAGAGCUCAGCUGCAGGCUGCUGACCCUACUAUUGACUACCUCAUGACUCUAUACCUCUCUCCGGAGCUCACGCCUGACGAGGUUCGCAAAGCAAAGAGCGCAGGCGUAGUCGGCGUCAAGUCCUACCCGCGUGGGGUGACAACAAACUCUGACGGAGGUAUCGAGUCAUAUGAAGCUUACUACACCGUCUUCGAAGCCAUGGAGCAGGAGGAUAUGGUCCUCAAUCUUCACGGCGAGGUCCCAUCCGAUGCUUCCACGAACACUUGUGUCCUAAACGCGGAGCCUGCCUUCUUGCCCCACCUCCGCAAGUUACACGCGCGUUUUCCUCGCCUUCGUAUCGUCCUUGAGCACGCGACGACGCGUGCUGCUGUCGAGUGUGUCAAGAGUCUGGGCGACACCGUCGCCUGCACCAUUACCGCCCACCACCUCGCAUUGACCGUCGACGACUGGGCCGGUCAGUCAUGGCACUUCUGCAAGCCUGUUGCAAAGUACCCCGAUGACAGGCAGGCAUUGCGGGACGUCAUCAAAGAAGGGCAUCCUCGAUUCUUCUUGGGCUCCGAUUCAGCACCCCAUUCCCCGCAUACGAAGUCUACCGCCUCACCUCUGCACGCGUGUGCAGCAGGCGUAUACACAUCGGCGGUCCUUCUGCCCCUCGUUGCCCACCUGCUUGACUCGUUCGGCGCGCUGGACCGUCUCGAGAGUUUCGUGAGCAUCAAUGGGCGGGCAUUCUACCGCGUGCCUGUUGCUCCGGGCGAAGACAAGGUGUUCAUCAGGCGCACGUCCGGCAAGUUGAUUGAAGAACAGCUGGUACAGGGCGAGCAGAGCGUAGUGCCCUUCUGGGCAGGAAACCCGAUUGGAUGGGAGAUCGUUGACUCGUGAAGGCAUGUGGAAGUAACAGAUGAAGAUCACAACACCUUGACAACACCCGUGGACCAUCGUACGAGAAGAAGAGUAGAUCGCCGAGUAAUCGUCUCUCUCGCGGACGUCUGUUCUGUCCGAUGAAGAAGCACCCCUUGGUUGAGUGAUGAGCUAGUGACGAUAUCAAUGCUAGACUGAGUGGCGAUGAUCGAUGAAGCUUGAAGCCUUGCUCGCA